GGUGAUAUGGGGAAGAUGUGGUACCACACAUUCUACAAAGGGUUGCGAGUGGCAACAGAGAAACAUCCGGGGUUGUUGAGAGCAGUUUCAUUGAACCCGAAGGCAAACUGUGAGAUGACAAGGAUCAUGUUUGAGACUUUUAAUACACCAGGUACGUGUGCUGCUACUCAAACGAUGUUGUCGCGAUGUACAUCUGAUCGUACAACUGGUAUAGUGUUGGACUUAGGUGACGGUGUGACCCACACAGUUCCGAUUUAUGAAGAUUAUGCGUUGCCUUAUACUGUUUUGCGAUUGGACUUUGCUGGUAGGGUUCUUGCCGACUUUAGGAUGAAGAUCCUGACUAAGACAGGUUGCAGUUCCUCUGUCUAUUCGUGGAACAUACUCAGGCGCAAACCACCGGACAUCGUUUUACUCUAUAGUAAGUCUAGAAUGGCACCUAUAAAACAGGUAGCUGUGCCUAGACUGGAACUAACAGCGGGAGUAUUGAGUGCUAGAAUGGGGGAAGUUUUAAAUAGGAACCUUCCUCAGGUGUUUGACAAGACUCACUUCUGGACGGAUUCUAUGAUAGUACUGUACUAUAUAAAAAAUACAGAUAGUAGGUAUUCCACCUUCGUGGCUAAUCGCCUGGCCGCUAUUCAUCAUUUAACAUCUGUGGACCAGUGGGGGCACGUAGAGUCCAAUGAAAAUCCUGCUGACUGGACAUCACGAGGCAUACGGAAGGAGCUAGAUUUAAAGAACUGGAUUGAGGGUCCUUCCUUCUUAAGAAAGAGGGAGUCUGUAAGAACACUAACGCUUAUGUGCGAGAACCCCCCAGAAAAUGUUGAAUUUAAAAGAUGUCACACGACCAACGCAAUUGCACUAAAACAUAGCUUAAGUCCAAUUCUGCUAUAUCACUCAAAUUGGAUAAGGCUGAUUAAAGCGGUAGCAUGGCUCAGAAGAUACGUGACCUAUAUAACCAUCAUGUAUUCCCAUCUAAAGGACAGGUCCCUAAGUGUGGGCUAUCUGUCAGUUGAUGAAUUGGAUGCAGCUAAACACAAGGUAUUGGCCUUAGUGCAAAAGGGAGUGUAUGGGGAGGCAGUAAAAGUGUCUCGAUGCAAUGGCGUAAGCGCAACUGAUAUAAAAGAGCUAAAAAAUCUUUCACCUACGCUAAUCGAUGGAUUGCUUUGUGUCGGCGGACGAUUAAAUUACUCGGAUUAUCCACUCUCAAUCAGACAUCCGGUAAUUUUACCCAGUCAUCACUACGUAACAGAACUUAUUAUUAGACACCAUCACCACCUAGAAGGUCACACCGGGACAUUACAAGUGUUAGCUACCAUACCACGAAAUUAUUGGAUUGUUAAAGGAACCAGUGGAGUUAAACGAGUGAUAGGUAGAUGUGUGAGGUGUAUACGCGCGAAGGCCACAUUAGGCCAACAGAUGAUGGCACCUCUCCCCAAGUAUCGAGUGCAGCAAGGCUGGUUUUGCUUCUCCUCCGUCGGAAUAGACUACUUUGGGCCGUUGAUAGUGCGUUGGGGAAGAAGCGAGGAAAAAGGAUACGGAUGCCUAUUUACGUGUCUCCAAACACGUGCCGUACGUUUGGAAGUAGCUUUCAUUUUGAGUAUUGAUGCUUUUAUAAUGGCUUUAAUACGUUUCAUAGGAAGGAGAGGAACUCCUAAGGAAAUCUAUAGCGACAAUGGGACUAACUUUGUCGGGGCCACUUCCGAAUUACGGGCUAAUAUGAGUGUGUGGGACAAGCAUAGAAUAAACGACUUAACAGUAUCGAAGAGUAUACGCUGGCAUUUCAACCCCCCAUUAGCUAGCCAUCGAGGCGGAGUUUGGGAGAGAUUAAUACGGUCUGUUCGAAGGAUCUUACUAUUUAUUUCCAACGGGCAAAUAUUGGACGAGGAUAGUUUGGCAACUUAUUUUGUGGAGGUAGAACGAAUUUUAAACAACCGCUCAAUCGUUCCUGCGACGUCAGAUGAAAAGGAUGAUUUGGCGCUCACGCCAAACACUUUGUUAUUACUAAGAGACAGUGAUGGUGCGAAUGAGAGAAGGUGUAGUAAGAAGAGAUGUGCGAAAGCUCUGCCUUCUAGAGGGAGCCGAGAAAUUGUAGCUUAGGUUUAUGGAUGUACAGGCGUACUGUUGUAAGUCCUGUGCCUCCCAUUGUUAUAGAGCAGUUAGUAAGGAGAGCAAUGACAGAAAUGUAUUCUAAGGUGUCUUUGCGUAGCUGGAGGGAUUUUGGGGGCCGGUGUAACGGAAAAAGAACAGUGAAAAUCCCUCUGCAGUUUUUUUGUUGAACAGUAUUUUCAUUUAUUUGUUCGUUCUCCCUUUUUGUGUAUUCCAACCUUUGUUUCGAUCUCAUUUAACUAUGUCUUUUGUUCUUAAGUCUUCCCCGUUUGAGCCUUUAUUAUGUGAUUUUGAUUAAAGACUUAUUUUUGUUACCUAAUUUUCUAUUGCAUGUUGCCGGACCAUUGACAGUAAGGUUGCGUUUGACUAAGCUCAAGGUCGCGGCGUGGUCUAUUUUGUGACUGCUAACCUUC